GACAUUGUCGGUGCAAGUACUUGCGAGCUAAGAGGUUUAUUAUCCAAUUCGCUAGUGAUUAUCAUCACAAGACCGCCAGCAGUGCGACGCGCGUGUGACUACAUUAUGGAUGUAUCUGUGCCUGCUCCUUAACUGUGUGUUUUCUCAUAACCGGACAAUAAUCUGCAACCAGUGAUGAGCUGCCCCAUGUUGGUCGAGGCGACCAGUUCAACCACCAUAGAAGACGAUUUGUAUACGUUCAAGGAGGAGCCAUCUUCCCCGGAGUCUGGCGGGUCUUUAGAACUCCAGUACGCAGCCGACAGUGCUAGCUCAGGAGGGGUAGGGAAAGUAGCGGUCCCGUGCAAGGUGUGCGGGGACAAGGCCUCGGGGUACCACUACGGCGUCACCUCCUGCGAGGGUUGCAAGGGCUUCUUCAGGCGUAGUAUACAGAAGCAAAUUGAAUAUCGGUGCUUACGCGACGGCAAGUGCCUUGUGAUAAGGCUCAAUCGGAACAGGUGUCAGUUUUGCAGGUUUAAGAAGUGUUUGGCGGUCGGCAUGAGCCGUGAGUCCGUUAGAUACGGGCGUGUGCCGAAACGUACUCGCGAAGCUACCACCACGGAGCCGAGUCAGGAUCUACCGAAAAAUCUCGUGGCUGUCUCAAGCCUGGACGAUAUGGAGGAGGAUUUUCGCGAUGACGUGGUGAGAGAAGUGGUGAGACUUGUCAACGCCGCACACCGCAACAACUGUCUCUACGAGGAGGAGGACGCGCGCAGGGCCAGCCCCAGGGAGGGUGUCCACCCCUCAACUAGCGAUAUGUCAGGCCCCAGCACCAGCGGCACGAGCUCCAACUCGCUGCCGGCCAACUUCCUCGCCGGCUCGGAAACGGUUACCUCGCACGCAAUCGGCAGCGCAGUCAACAACGCCAUCUGUACGGCUAUCAUCACCGCCGUCGAGACCGCCUUCGGUAACCCAGGGCUCAACGUGUGCCCCAUUACCCGCCACCGACUUGGCAACGGCGUCUGCCCUGGGACCGUGGAAUGCGCCCAGAACAGCGCGUGUCCUGCCUUGACGCUCGCCCGCCUGCACGCCAUGGAGUGUGGGGGCUAUGAGGAACCUGUAGCUGAGGGCACGAGUGCUGGUAGCUCCAGCGCGAUGGCCGGUCGCAGCGUGGAGGGGGUCGGGACUAGCAGCGGAGUAGUGGUGCGCCUGAUCGAGCUGCCGAUGGACCCCAACAGCGAUGGCACCGAGAUGCGCCGCCAACUGUGGCACAACGUGGGCGUGCGCAUGACGCCCGCCAUUCAGCAGGUCGUCGAGUUUGCCAAACGCCUGCCAGGGUUCCAAGUCUUGCCCCAGGAUGAUCAGAUUAUCCUGAUAAAGCAAGGGUUCUUCGAGAUUUGGCUGACCAGGGUCGCGCAGAAUUCUACCGCUGAAUGCAUUUCGUUCGAUGACGGCGCCGCUAUCACUCGCCGUCAGCUGGUGCUCAUGUAUGACCAUCACUUCGCCAACGCCGUGCUGACGUACGUGUGGAAUUUAAACAAAAUAUGUCCCACGGAGCAGGAGCUGGCACAGUACACGAGCACCCUGCUGCUGUGGCCCCACCGCAACGGGCUCAGCGACCCCGAGACCAUCUCCGGGCUGGCGGGCGCAAUUAAUGAUGCUUUUAACAGCAUUGACAGACCAGUGCCCGGAUCCGAAGCCGAGGGGCGCAAGAACGCGUUCAAGUCCUUGGCCAACGACGUGCGCGUCAUCGGCGUCCGCCACAACGAGCUGCUGGGCUGGUGCCGCGAGCACUGGGAUUACCUGGUGCUGCCUGACCUCUUCGCCGAAAUUUUCGAUAUCCCCAAAACCGAGGCCGAAGACCUGGAGCGCCGUCACCAGCUCCGCAACAUGCCCAGCCUAGCUUAAGCCGGGAAUAAAAAUGCUUUUGUUUUUGCCACGACUUAUUUUGUGUAAAUUCAUUUGACAAUUUCCAUCAGCGUAGGUGCCUUAAUUCACCGAAGCGGGUUUAUUUAUGAUUAUUUUAUACGUGGCUUUUCUUUAUGGAAUGCAAGGUGAAGCAAGAUAUCUGAAGCGAAUUUCAACUUCUACUGGAUUCAGUACAUCCGAAAGAAAUAAUGCGAGGCGAGUGUGACUUUCUAUGAAAGAUGUAGCUUUAUUUGACUGGUGCAUUAUUUUUAUUAAGUUUCAAUUAUUUUUUUUCACUGUUUCUAAAAUUAACAUAUGUUUUAAGGCACCUACAGAAUGGUUUGGUAAUGCGAGCUAUGCGAGUUGACUUGGUCAGUUAUUGCUGAAUGCACAGUAUGCGAACUAACAUGCGAGUAGUCGCUCAUCUGAGUAACUUUUUGAUUUUACUCGCCACUCGUGCCCCGCUGGCAGUCUGCGAGUAACAUCUUGCCAGCUAUAACGGCUACUGGCGUAAAUGAGAUUAAAGCGAGUCGAUGUGCGAAUACGCCAGCAGCAAUCCAUGGUCAACUCGGCAACUCCUUACCAAUACUUUUGGCAACAGCACUUAUUGUUUGCCGUAAUACUGGAGUUCUGUGUGUCUAGAUAUAUCUUCUGGUUCACGUUUUAACAUUCCGAGUGCUACUUAGAACUGGCUUUUAUUAUCACAAAAAAAAACUCUAUAGAGUAAACGCGCACGGACGGUAAAUAAACAGCUGUUUAUAGCUGCCUCCAUUCAUUAUACUACAACGUAUAGAAAACGCCGCGGGGUAAUUGCCGAUUGUGCGCAUAUACAUUGCCAUAUAAUGUAUCGUGGCGGAUAUUCAAUGGUUAUCAAUUUACCGCCCGUGCGCGCCCGUUUCAUUGCAUUUUCGUCUCUAAGUUGUUCUGUUACUAGUCUGCACGCAGCAGUGUGGCACCUCCUAGAGUCCGCUCAAGGAGGGGGAGGGUACGGGGUAGUGCGUCAUUUCAACCAAUACGCACAUCACCUGUUACGUGCACUACAUUCAAUACUAAUGCAACUACAUCUGCAUGCGAACAGGAAUAACUCGGCUUAGACGGCACAGGUUUAUUUGUAAAAAAACAAUCAUUUCGCAAUAAAAAUGCGCUGUACAAUAAAAAAAAUUACAUCGAACGCAACUCAAAUAUCAAUGUCUUGGAUCGCUAUAUUAAAUUAUCUGUAGCCAUGCCGUAUUUGUAAGGCUAAGCGUGUGCUACGGCGUAGGCGAUACAGCGCGAUACCACCCGCGCCGCGUUCGGUGACGCACCUCUGUAGCGUUACGUACGAGCUGCGCCGUGCGUCGUCGUCGGCAUGCGCCUAGCCCCCUAACAUUAUGCUAAGGCUUACUUUGUCUCAACCCUUCACUUCAAACCCCAGUUUAAAAUGUUUUCAUGAUUUCGGUGGUGGGUUUCAUUAGACUUUGUACGUGCCCGCGGAUUCGCUCUCCCCACCCGAGUGGAUUUUCCAAGAUCUCUACUUAAUCGCUAAAUUGUUAUAUUUUUAUAUCUUUUAUUCGUUAUCAAUUGUUUUACUUAUUUAUUAUGAAGUUUUAUGCGAUUUUACGAUGUGUUAUUAUUUUCGUCUAUGUUCUACGUUUACGUUAAGUGUAGGGGCGGGAGCGAAUUCUCGAACGUUACAAAGUAUCUAGUUAUUGUAUAGGUUAAGAUUUAUUCUGAUAUAAUAUUAUAAACAUGUAGCGUACGUAGAAAAGGCUCUUUUAGAUAGAUUCAAAAUUACCUUUCGAUUAUACAAUUUGGAGUCAUUAAAGUCAAUAUUUCUGGAAUCUUGAAUAAAGAAAAUUCAUCUGAAAGGGCUUUUUAUUCCAUGUAUUGGACAGUAAUCGCAUAUUUUAACUUGUAUGUAGCGUAGAGCAUUUAGUAACCGUUUAUUAUUGCUCUCGAUGUUAGUUCGUAGGAAUGGAGUGUAUUAAGAUUGCAUUUAUGUAAUUCUUUAUUUUACAAAAGACGAAGCGAUAUCGGUGUUUAAAACCGCACGAUAUUUUAUACGAUGCGAGUUAUUUUCAUAUCAUUCAGUGCUGUGUAAAUUAAAGGCGGUGGGUGCGGUGAGAAAAUACGAUUAAACUGUUAUUUCGUUACUUUCCAACAAACUAUAGUAGAACCGUAGAUUUGUCGCCGAACGGUCAUAUUUAGGAGUCAUGGUAUAUGUCGCCUCGCUUGCACUCACAGACGUUAUGGGCAGGAAAUAAAACGCCAUCCCUAAACCUCAUGGGUACGUGAGAGACGACAUACACUGUUAUGCUUCCAUGUAUAACCGCAUCGGCUGUCAGUACAUAUUUUAAUUUUUUUCCGGAUUCGACAACGGACUGUCAUCGAUAAUCGAUAUCGAUUUUUGGGUGGGUUUUAAAUAAUUAGCAUCAUAGUUAGUGUGCCGCAGCCACGCCUAUGCAUUUAUUACGCUUUUGCGUGCUUGUGAUUACUUUCUGUUAGUAUUAGUUUUAUUAUAACUGAAUCGCACACGAUACGUUUACACGUAGUGAAGUGGUUCCGGACAGACGGACUUUUUUUCUUAUAUAUUAUCGCUAUUUCCAUUUAUUUUAAGUGUGUUUGAACCGCUGUACCCAUAUUUGUAAAUUUUAAAUUUUAUCCUUGUUUUAUAUUCAUUUUGUUUCGUUUAUAAAAUUUUAAUUAGGCUUAUAAAACUGUUAUGUGACGCGUGGCAGGUAGACUGCGCGAGCGUCCAUCUGUAACAACCAAUGAGCGAUGGUGCGCUGUUACUCGUGCGCCACUAUGGGUUACUGCCUUACUACGCACGCAUAACAAUGAUCUCAUGUCAUUUGGAAUACGCAGUUUUAGGAAUGAUACAGUAAAACGUAUCUUUCUAUGUUUUUAAGUGUAUUGCAUUCAGCAACGUAUAACGAGUAAAGCCAUAACAUCUGGCUGUGAUCUAGUGUGUCGCUGUUCAUGCAAUUUUGCUCUCUAUUUCGUGUUUUAGUUGUAAAUAAUUUUCUUGUCUCAUUUGGUGGGUCCGUGCAUGAGAUGGUUAGUUUAUAACACUUGGAUUACUUGAAACUGUGUAGUCACUAUAGGAUUUCAUUAUCUACACAUGUACACUUUAAUGGAAAUUAAAAAUAAAAUGUAA